CACUGUUGCACAUGCGCAACCCAACGGGAACGUUCUGCGUUUCCCAGAGGUCCAAAAUGGCGAUGGACAGUAUGUCCACGUCUGCAGGAGGACUAUCAUAUCACAAUGUUUCUGACUUUUAUCCUCGAAAACUUGGCCCAAAGCCGGACGUUGUACCGUCCGGAGUGACAGAGAGGAAAAUCGGACCGUUGGAUAAACCUGACAUGGUGGCAGUGGAUGUCAUUAACAUCAAGGAUUCAGAUAUCCCAAUGCAUAGGAAAAAGCAAGAGAAUGACACAUACAUUCUGGGAACUAUCCAUCCUUUCCGGAAGACGCAUAGGUCGAUUUUUGGAAAGUUGAAGCAGGAGUUCCGUUUGGUUGCCUCUGACAGACGAUCCUGGCGGAUCCUGCUCUUUGGCGUGCUUAACGUGCUCUGCACUGCCUGUCUGCUCAUGUGGUGCAGCUCGACCAACAGUAUGGCCUUAACAGCGUACACAUACCUCACCAUCUUUGAUCUCUUCAGUCUGAUCACCUGUCUCAUAAGCUCCUGGGUUAGCAUGAAGAAGCCCAGUCAGUCCUACUCCUUUGGGUUUGAGCGCCUUGAGGUGUUGGCUGUCUUCGCCUCAACUGUGCUGAUACAAUUGGGUGCCCUGUUCAUCCUGAAGGAGAGUGUGGAACGCUUUGUGGAGCAGCCAGAGGUGCAUACGGGCCGGCUCCUGGUGGGGACCUUUGUGGCUCUCUUCUUUAACCUGCUCACCCUGCUGUCCGUGAAGAACAAGCCCUUUGUGUUCGUCUCAGAAGCUGCCAGCACCAGUUGGCUACAAGAGCAUGUUGCUGACCUGAGUCGAAGCGUGUGCGGGAUCAUCCCCGGUUUGAGCAGCGUCCUCCUGCCCCGCAUGAAUCCCUUCGUCCUCAUCAACCUGGCCGGAGCCCUGGCUCUGGGCAUCACCUACAUGCUCAUCGAGAUCAAUAAUUAUAAUGCAGUGGACACGGCCUCGGCUGUGGCCAUCGCGCUCAUGACCUUUGGUACCAUGUACCCCAUGAGUGUGUACAGCGGGAAGGUGCUUCUUCAGACUACUCCCUCUCAUGUCAUAGGGCAGCUGGACAAACUGCUCCGUGAGGUGUCCACUUUAGAUGGAGUCCUGGAAGUGCGGAAUGAACACUUCUGGAGCAUUGGCUUUGGCUCUCUGGCCGGUUCGGUCCAUGUUCGCAUCCGCCGCGAUGCCAACGAGCAGAUGGUGCUGGCGCACGUGACCAACCGCCUGCACACGCUGGUCUCCACGCUGACAGUUCAGAUUUUUAAGGAUGACUGGAUCCGGCCGUCCCUGGUGACGGGGCCCCUCCCGCCCGCCACUCUCGGCAGCCCCUCCGACUACGGAGGCCUGCAGGGCUUCCCGUCCCACGGACACGGUCACUCCCACGGUCACGGUCACGGUCACUCCCACUCCAGCAAGCCCCUGGACAUGGACCCUCUCACCUCUACCCCGUCCAAGCCCGCCCUGCCGCCCCCAGAGUUCUCCUUCAACACGCCGGGGAAGAACAUUCAGCCGGUGGUGCUGCCCAGCGCACAGCCCCAGAGGCCCUACGGCAUGGGCCUGACCUACGGGGCCUCCCCCUACGCCGGCAUGCUGAGCCAGGGCUUCAUGCCGCCCGGUGGUGGUGGUGGGGGGAUGGGGAUGGGACUUGGUGCAGGUGCCAGGGGCGGGCCUUCGACGCAAGGCUUCAGGACUUCUUACGGUGGCGCGCCACCAAACAGAUACGGUAGCAACCUGCUCCCCUCACAGAUGAACCAGUACAAGCCUUGACCAAGCUGCAGUGGGAGGGGACUGGUGGGGUUGCAUCAGCGAUCGGCGGGGGACGCCAAGGUUUCGGAGAUCACCUGAGAUUCAUCAGGUUCACGCUCAGAGAGGAUAUAUUAUGGUAUUUAUUAUGAUGGGACCAAGACUUCCACACUUAAUGGAUUUUCUAACUAUUGUUUUUUUUUUGUACUGUUAUAAAAUAAAUCACAGAACGAUUGGAGAGAUGAAUAUACAUAUAUGGAAUGUGAUAUUUCACAUUUGUUUGGGAUGAAAGGAUUGUUUUGUGGGUGUGGUUUUUUUGUAUCAAACUUGUAUUUUAAAGAGGUAAUCUACUUUUGUGCUCAUGGGACUCAAACGUUUGUAUCACCACAACUGUUCCUGGGUCAGUGGCUAUGCACUAGACUGUGACCUCAACAGAUCGUGGUCUGAGUGCUGCUAUUAUAAAAGGCAAAGAUGACCUCCUGACAAAAAAAAAGUCUUUAAUAUGUGACCCCAUAAUACCGUACCAAAUUAAUGGUUGUGUUUCUGAAGAGGUCCGACCACCCAAUCUAGUGGUGCAGGGCAUUGUACCAAAGCAUAUCUUAAGAGGAUUUGUAUGUCCUCAUCAUAUGACUGAUACACACUACUGUAAACCAUGCAGACAUUGCAAUUAAAACAAAUACUCAUCCAAGCGCCCUGCAACCUUUCCAUCCUUAGUCAAGUGUGCAAUAGUCCAUCAUCGGCCAGUGAGCAUUCAGGGGGUUGUGUAUCAGGUCACACAGCUUUGAAAUGAGAUGAGGUAAUUCCCACUGUUCAGCGUGGGAUUGAGGCCUGCCCACAAGUAGUGGUGUGGUGUUUCUCGAAUUUGUUAUGGACCACUAAUGGGCUCUCCCAAGCUGCCUUGUUUGGAUCGGUGUCAAACGAUUAUGUUGAGUGAAUUUCUGUUCACUUGAGAUUUCACCUGUGUAUGGAAGUGCUGAUGCAAAGGAAAGGAUGUUGUGUAUCAGAGAGUCAUUUAGAUAAUAAUAAUAAAAAAUGAAUUGCACUGUU